CGCGCCUUUCUUACGUCACCGUUUCGCAUGCGCUUUGGAAGGAAGGGCGAGCUUUCGGGGGACCGGUAGGGGGCGGGCCUUGACCGGGGUCUCACAGCGACUGCGCGGACGGGAGCCCGACUGGAACAUGGCGACUUGCGCUGAAAUCCUGCGGAGCGAGUUCCCCGAAAUUGACGGACAGGUCUUCGACUACGUGACUGGCGUCUUGCACAGCGGCAGUGCGGACUUCGAGUCUGUGGAUGACCUGGUGGAAGCUGUGGGGGAACUGUUGCAGGAGGUGUCCGGGGACAGCAAGGAUGACGCGGGCAUCAGGGCCGUGUGCCAGCGCAUGUACAACACUCUGCGCCUGGCGGAACCACAGACCCAGGGAAACAGCCAGGUGCUACUAGACGCCCCCAUCCAGUUGUCAAAGAUAACAGAGAACUACGACUGUGGCACCAAACUUCCAGGCCUGCUAAAGAGGGAACAGUCCUCGACGGUGAAUGCAAAGAAGCUAGAGAAAGCUGAGGCUCGAUUGAAGGCAAAGCAGGAGAAGCGCUCAGAGAAGGACACACUCAAGACCAGCAACCCUCUAGUCUUGGAAGAGGCAUCAGCCAGCCAGGCAGGCAGCCGAAAGGAAAGUCGGUUGGAAUCAUCUGGAAAGAACAAAUCCUAUGAUGUGCGAAUUGAGAACUUUGAUGUGUCUUUUGGCGAUAGGGUACUGCUGGCUGGAGCAGAUGUGAACCUAGCAUGGGGCCGCCGCUAUGGCCUGGUGGGUCGGAAUGGGCUGGGGAAGACGACGCUGCUGAAGAUGCUGGCCACCAGGAGCCUGCGAGUUCCAGCCCACAUUUCCCUACUGCAUGUGGAGCAAGAGGUUGCUGGAGACGACACCCCUGCCCUGCAGAGUGUGCUGGAGAGUGACACGGUGCGAGAAGACCUGCUGCGUCGGGAGCGGGAGCUCAACGCCCAGAUUGCCGCUGGCAGGGCUGAGGGCUCACAAGCUGCACAGCUGGCAGAAAUCUAUGCCAAGUUGGAGGAGAUCGAGGCUGACAAAGCACCUGCCAGGGCAUCAGUUAUUCUUGCUGGGCUUGGCUUUACCCCCAAAAUGCAGCAGCAGCCCACCCGGGAGUUCUCAGGUGGCUGGAGGAUGAGACUGGCCCUGGCCCGGGCUCUGUUUGCUAGGCCAGAUCUGCUGCUGUUAGAUGAACCCACUAACAUGCUGGAUGUAAGGGCCAUCCUAUGGCUGGAGAAUUAUCUGCAGACGUGGCCCUCCACAAUCCUGGUCGUCUCCCAUGACCGCAACUUCCUGAAUGCCAUAGCCACAGACAUCAUCCACCUGCACAGCCAGCGGCUGGAUGGUUACCGGGGAGACUUUGAGACCUUCAUCAAGAGCAAGCAGGAGCGACUGCUCAAUCAGCAGCGUGAAUAUGAGGCCCAGCAACAGUAUCGCCAGCAUAUCCAGGUUUUUAUUGACCGUUUUCGCUACAAUGCCAACAGAGCCUCCCAAGUGCAGAGCAAACUCAAGAUGCUGGAGAAACUACCAGAGCUGAAACCUGUGGAUAAGGAGCUGGAGGUAGUGAUGAAAUUCCCCGAUGGAUUUGAGAAGUUCUCACCACCAAUCCUGCAACUGGAUGAGGUGGACUUCUACUAUGACCCAAAGCACGUCAUCUUCAGCCGUCUCUCUGUCUCUGCCGAUCUUGAAUCUCGCAUCUGUGUGGUUGGGGAGAAUGGGGCUGGGAAGUCUACCAUGCUGAAGUUGCUUAUGGGGGACCUGACCCCUGUUCGGGGCAUCAGACAUGCUCACAGGAAUCUGAAGAUUGGCUAUUUCAGCCAGCACCACGUGGAGCAGCUGGACCUGAAUGUCAGUGCUGUGGAACUGCUAGCACGCAAGUUCCCUGGACGACCUGAGGAGGAGUACCGUCACCAGCUGGGCCGGUAUGGCAUCUCUGGAGAACUGGCCGUGCGCCCUGUUGCCAGUUUGUCUGGGGGCCAGAAGAGCAGGGUGGCCUUUGCUCAGAUGACCAUGCCCUGUCCCAACUUCUACAUUCUGGAUGAACCCACAAACCACUUGGAUAUGGAGACCAUUGAGGCUCUGGGCCGUGCUCUCAACAACUUCAGGGGUGGUGUGAUUCUGGUGUCCCAUGACGAGCGCUUCAUCCGGUUGGUGUGCCGGGAGCUGUGGGUGUGCGAAGGAGGCGGCGUCACCCGGGUUGAGGGGGGAUUUGAUCAGUACCGAGCUCUUCUCCAGGAACAGUUCCGCCGUGAGGGCUUCCUCUAGGGCCAUGAGGCUGAGGACUGUGCCCAGGACAUGGACUGUCUUUCAGACCCCUGGGCCACCGUGUAGGCGGCCAUCUCCUGCCACGGACUUCUUGGGGACAGCAUUCAUAAAUCUCUCUUUUUGACUGGAGCAUCCUCUGCACAACCCGGGAGCCCCACCUAAGGGUCUUUGAGGACGGGUCCUCCAAGGGGAAGGGAGUGGGGGGGCUGCCCUCUAGGACUCUAGACUCCUCCCACUGCCCCAGCUGUGACUGGGCUCUGAUGGCCGCUGUGUAAAUUAAAUAUCCCUGCAUCUCCCUUGCUCACUCUGCUGCUCCUGGUGUAGGGCUGCAGUGUUUGCCCAUGGUUAAGGGGUGCAGUCUCUCUGAUUUGGCAUUUUCCUGUGACAUUUGCAUCUGUCAUGUGGAGGAGGCUGUGGAAGCAUCAGUGUUGCCCCUGGGGGAAGAUGUCAUUAAAGCUGCUGGGGGUCGACCUUGCAGUGGACCAAGCUUAUAAUGAAGGGCAGUGUAUUCCAUCACUGCAGUGCUGUGCUCUCCAGCCAAGGCUUAGCUGAAGGGGUCUGGGUUCUGCUGUCUCAGCCCCACUGCUUGAAUGAGUAAGCUGAUUCUGCAACCUGGCCUCAGACAUGGUUUGCCAACUGCUUUCUCCAGUGAUCUCUGGCCUAGGCUCACUCUUCUCUGAAUUUGACCCUUUGGGGCCAAAGAGAAAAGUGAGAAACUGUCCCCA